AUGAAGACCCCAGCGCUCAUCGCCGCGUGCCUGCUCGUGCUGGCGUCGGCGCUCAACGGCGCCUUGGCGCAUGAGCAUGUGCAGUGCGGGAAGCCGCUCGUCAUUUCCGCAGCCGGCGGCGUCGGCGAUGUCCGGAAGGCCUUCGAGAGGUUCCAGCGGGAGUUGGGAGGCGAGGACAACGGAAACGCCCCGGGGCCCCUCAAGAAGGGCUUCAGGUCCAUCGACUGGGACGCGGACGCGGUGCCCUUCGACAUGCCCGGCAACUUCUUCCGCGACGUUGUCACGCGCGGCCUGGAGCUCGUCCAAACCGACGAGUUCCGCGUGAGCAACCCCCCCAAGACCGACCCGGGCUUCCCGGACAACCUGUUCGACAGCAUCAACAAGGACCACCCCAACCAGUUCCAGGCCUUCAGCCCCGAGCGCAUCUUCAGCCCCCUGGAGGACAACCAUUUCAGCAUCUUGUUCUCCGUCCCCGCCAAGGGUGACCGCGCCACCGUGGCCGGCUACGGCGCCAUCUUCGUGGACGUGGACAACGAGGACGAGACGUUCCUCCAGCUCUUCGGCACCGGCGCCAAGGACCUCGGCCGCUUCUACGUGCCCGCGUACCCCCAGGGUCUGUCCUUCCUGGGCGUCAUCUGCGAGGCCUCCGUGAUCACCAGAGUCGACGUGCAGCUCGGCAACGCGGAGCUGCCCCAGACCGACCUGCCGCCCGAGUACGAGGUGGUGGUCAUGGACGACUUCCUGUUCUCGGAGCCCCAGGCCAUCGUCCAGAAGAAGCCCGCACACGCACCCGGCCGCAAGGAGGGGUCGGGGUACGGCUACGGGCGUUAG